AGGACCGGAUUUGGGAAAGAUUACUGGUUUUACUGGACGGUGCGAUCCAGUUUUAUCACCGCUUGUUUGGGCGCUAAAUUCCGCUGAACAUUUUUCGAUUCCAUGCAGAGAAUGGAGAAGUUGAUCAGGUUCCAGAUGUUGAAUUCAAUAUCAAGGUACAAGCUUUUCAAUUUCAAGUUCUCCAAGAUUGGGAAUCUUCAUCUGUCAACAGUUUCUCGAUCACCCAAACUUUCGCAGCCUAAGAAAACCCAGAAGUGUAGCUCCAAAAAUGAAGCAGAAAAGAGUUCCAUGGCCUCGCUCUUCAACCAGAUAACGGAGAUUUUAGGAGUUGGAAACAUAACCCCAGAUGAAACUCCAUCUGGUAUUUCACUAUUGAAUCGAACCGAUGUGAGGGAUGUUGUGUUUAAUCAAGAAUCACCGGCUGGCAUGCAAGCUGUUUGUAGAAAUGCCGAGGAGAGUGUGUUGAUGAAAAAGGAGGGGAAUUUAUCAGUUUCGGAUGAUUUUAAAAAGGGAAAUGAAGUUGAAUUUGAUGUGAGCCCGGUGGUUCAUGAGAUAACACAGAUAGUUAGAGAUGAGCAUAGUGUGGUUUCGAUGGAGGAGAGGCUGGAAAACUCCGGGAUACGGUAUGAACCAGGGAUUGUUGAGAAGGUGUUGAAGAGGUGCUUCAAGGUGCCCCAUUUGGCUUUAAGGUUCUUCAAAUGGGUAAAGGAAAGAGAAGGGUUUUGUCACAACACUGAAAUUUACAAUACCAUGUUGUACAUAGCUGGAGAAUCAAAAAACUUUUUGCUUGUUGAGGAACUGCUGGAGGAACUGGAGGAGAAAUCGUGCAAUAAGGAUAUCAAGACUUGGACAAUCCUUAUCUCACAAUAUGGGAAGGCAAAGUUGAUAGGCAAAGCAUUAUCAAUGUUUGAGAAGAUGAGGACAUGUGGUAUUGAACCUGAUGCAGCAGCUUAUAAAAUGAUCAUAUCUUCACUUUGCAAAGCUAAAAAAUGUGAGCUUGCAUUAGAAUUUUUCAAGGAGAUGGUUCAGAAGGAAAUAGCCCUUGAUUUGACUAUGUGCAAGAGAUUACUCAACUGCUUAGCAAGAUCAGGAAAUAGUGUUUCUGUUCACUCAGUUGCGGAAGACAUGACAAGGGUCUUUCAGAUUCCAGAACGGGAGGUUUAUGACCAUGUUCUAAGGAGUUUUUGUAUCUCUGGAAGAAUCAAGGAAGCUCUAGAAAUCAUUCGUGACCUAAAGAAUAAAGAGUUGUCUCUAAACCCUGGGUAUUUUGAGAUUCUGGUGAAAGGAUUGUGCAAGGCUGAUAGGAUCACUGAUGCUCUAGAAAUUGUUGAUAUUAUGAAGAGGAGACAAUUGGUCACUUCAGAUGUUUAUGGGAUUCUCAUCAGUGGGUACUUGAAAAGAAAUGAUCUUUCCAAAGCUCUUGAUCUCUUUAAAAGCAUGAAGGAAUCUGGCUAUUUUCCCACAACUUCCACUUAUACUGAGCUCAUGCAACGGUUUUUUAGGUUGAAUCAGUAUCAGAAGGGCUGCGAGCUAUACAAUGAGAUGCUAGAUGGUGGUAUUGAACUAGAUAUUGUGGCAAUCACAGCCAUUAUUGCAGGUCAUGUUCGACAAAACCACAUUUCUGAAGCAUGGAAAGUGUUCGAGAGUAUGGAGGAAAAAGGUAUCAGGCCUACAUGGAAGUCAUACUCAGUAUUCAUUAAGGAGCUUUGCAAAGUUGAAAGGACAGGGGAAAUUCUUAAGGUCUUGAACAAAAUGCAGGCUUCUAAAGUUCCCAUUCGAGAUGAGGUAUUUGAUUGGAUUAUAUCUUGCAUGGAAAGAAAGGGAGAGAUGAAUAAUGUUGAAAAAGUAAAGCAGAUGCAAAGAAUUCUUACUUCUCAUUCUCAAGUAGGUGAGGCAUCUGGCAAUAACAUAGCCAGGGUGGAAGAUCCCCAUCUUGAGUUGAACCACAAUCAACCAGAAAUAGAAAGAACAGAUUGUAACUUAAUAGAGCCAUUUUUGAGGAAUUACAGUGAGCAUGAUCUCCAACAAGUUUGUAGAAUAUUAUCAUCCCCAAUGAACUGGGGCCUCAUGCAAGAAGCUCUGGAGAAAUGCAGUGUUCAGUUUACACCAGAACUUGUCCUAGAAAUAUUGCGAAAAUGCACGUUGCAAGGUAAAGCUGCACUACUUUUCUUCUCAUGGGUAGGAAAGCAAGCUGGUUAUCAGCACACCACAGAAACAUACAACAUGGCCAUCAAAAUCGCUGGAUGUGGAAAAGACUUCAAGCACAUGAGAAACCUUUUCUAUGAAAUGAGAAGAAGGGGUUGCUCAAUAACACCAGAUACAUGGGCAAUCAUGAUAAUGCAAUAUGGUCGAACAGGUCUAACCGAAAUUGCUUUGAGGACUUUCUCUGAAAUGAAAUCUAAGGGACAGACCCCAACUGCUAGUGGAUACAAAUAUCUGAUCAUUUCUCUUUGUGGGAAAAAAGGUAGGAAGGUAGAUGAAGCAAUUAAACUAUUCCAGGAGAUGAUCCAGGCAGGACAUAUCCCUGACAAAGAACUCCUCGAAAUUUAUCUCAGUUGUUUAUGUGAAGUUGGCAAACUCGUUGAAGCUAGAAGUUGCACAGAUUCUCUCUCUAAAGUUGGAUACACAAUUCCACUUAGUUAUUCCUUGUAUGUUCGGGCACUCUGUCAAGCAGGAAGACUGGAAGAUGCUUUAGAAAUGAUAGAUAAUGUUGAGACAGAACGUUCUACGUUGGAACAUUAUGUUUGUGGAAGCGUUGUUCAUGGAUUGCUACAAAAGGGUCGAUUAGAAGAAGCAUUGGCAAAGGUGGGAUCCAUGAAAAAAACAGGUAUUUGUCCCACCGUCCAUGUUUAUACAUCCUUAAUAGCUCAUUUCUUCAAGGGGAAACAGAUUGAAAGAGCUCUGGAGAUAUUUGAGAAAAUGAAACAGGAGGGAUGUCAACCAACUGUUGUCACAUAUUCGGCAUUGAUCCAAGGGUACAUGAAUGUGGGAAAGGUUGUUGAAGCUUGGGAUGUUUUGCAUCAGAUGAAGAUGAAGGGACCGGUGCCUGAUUUUAAGACUUACACCAUGUUUAUUGGUUGUCUGUGUAAGGUAGGGCAAUCUGAAGAGGCCAUGAAGCUUUUGUCUGAGAUGCAGGAGAACGAGAUUGUUCCAAGCACCGUCAAUUAUCGAGCAGUUUUCUUUGGACUAAAUAGAGAAGGUAAACAAGAUUUGGCUAAAAUUGUAUUACAACAAAAGUCAGCUUUAAGAUGCAAACGCAAGUUGUUAAUAUGAAUGAAUUUGUUCUUCUCUCUAAAUCUUUCUCUGAACCUGUCAUUCCAGAGUACACCGCCUUAUUUCUAUUAACAGUUCUCAAUUCGCUAUAUAACAAUUAAGUUGAAUCCAAAGGGGAGACCCCAAUUUUCGUAUUCAAAAGCUUGAAAGAAGAGUAAGAUAAUGGUUACAAAGCUUAAUUCAUCGCUAAAGUAGCAAAAUUCUACUCCUCAUGACUGGUAGCUUGGUGCCCUCCAAUCUUGGACUAAGCAACAUUGUUAAUUAUGCAUACACAUUCCUGAGGAUAUAAAGAACCACUUCAGACCCAUCCGCUAUGAAGAGAACAAGUAAUGCAUGAAGAUUCCCUGGCGUUGGCCUUUGUUUCAUAGAUUUUGUUCUUAGCUUCAAUGAUGUUUAUCAGGUGCUUAAUCAAAUCUUACAUGAAAA